UGGCUUGGCGCGGGUUGUUGUCAGAUGAGGACGCGGACUUGGGAGAGGAAGGUCGGCAUCAGGAUCCGUAGGAACUCCGGGCCGGGCCCUGUGGACAGCCGGCUUCCUGCUUGGAUUAUCUGGGGGCGUGUUCGCUUCUUCUAUCGCCUAGGUUGGACAUACAGCAGGCCCUCUUAUUCUUCUUCAUGUAUCAGUAUGACAGUGAAGCUGAAGAGCGGAGAGGAAAGGAAGCCGAACAAGAGAUCGCCCGAGACUGAAGAGGAGGAGGAAGAAGCAGCCACAGUAGUCGUGUUGGCGGCGGGGGAGCUGGAAGAGAAAACCAAGAUAGAAGGGGAUCUGCUCAUCUCGGAGACCCCCGAUAAGGAUCCCCCGGAGGCCGAAACCCCCGGACAGCCCUCAAAAGUCCAGCAGGAUCAGCACCAUUUCCUGAGGUCCAGCGUCCGACCGCACAGCAAGAGGCAGAGAAAGGAUUCUGGCGGCAAUGGCCGGGCCCCCAGCGCCAAGAGCAAAGCACUGGACAGUGCCACCCCGACCUCGCCCAGCUGCUCCACCGGAUUGGCUCCCAGCACCACAAAAGCAUCGGGCCGUAAUGUCGCUCCAUCCACUGCGGAGAAGGAUGAGGGGAAUAAGAAGAAGGUGCGGCGGCAGUGGGAGUCCUGGAGCACGGAGGACAAGAACACCUUUUUUGAGGCUCUCUAUGAACACGGAAAGGAUUUUGAAGCCAUUCAGAACAACAUUGCCCUCAAGUACAAGAAGAAGGCCAAACCGGUCAGCAUGGUGAAGAAUAAGGAGCAGGUUCGGCACUUCUACUACAGAACGUGGCACAAGAUCUCAAAGUACAUUGAUUUUAACAAUGUAUUUUCUUGUGGUGUGAAGUCCUCGCAGGAGCUUUACGGCCUUAUCUGCUAUGGAGAACUGCGGAAGAAGAUUGGCGGAUGUAUGGAUGAUAAGAACGCUGCCAAGCUGAAUGAGCUGAUCCAGUUAGGGGCGACUACAGUGCGUUACAAAGGCAGGAACCUACGGAUAAAGGCUCCAAUGUGCAGAGCGUUGAAGAAACUCUGUGACCCUGAAGGAAAGACAGGUCUCAGUGAUGAGGAGGAUCAGAAACCAGUGAGACUGCCUCUAAAAGUUCCUGUAGAACUUCAGCCCCGGAACAAUCAGGCUUGGGCCCGUGUACAAAGCUUAGCACAGAACCCACGGCUCAGGAUGAUGGUGGAGCUGCACAGAAAGGUCUCCUGUCUUAUUGAGUUUCUCAAGCAGAAGUGGGCUUUACAGGAAGUUCGUAUUAGAAAGAGUCUGGAUGAUCCUCAGUUGACAGAUGGGGAGUCUCAGGACUCCAAGGAAGAACUUUACCUCUUCCCACCAGAAACUGCUCAGUUGUCUCCUUUACCAGGAGUGGCAAGGGUUGUCCAUUCCAAAGCCCACUGCACCGUCCACUGGCAGGAGUCUGGAAAAUACAAGCAGAGCUCUAAGGAUGCCCACUUGCUACCCCCUGCUCAGAUCCUUGGCAUCCAAACUGGACAAGGCACAGCUCGGGUACAGCUUAAGUGCCCACGAGGUAAUGCAGAUGCCAGACAAGGAAACAAAGGAGAGGUGCCCAGCAGCUCCACACCAGAGAAGUCUCAGACUGUUGAGAAUGGUUCCUUGGAGAAUUUAUCAUCUGAUGGGGUGUCAGAUGGACCAAAGACUCCUGACGAAGCCCCUCCAGAGUCUAUGGAUUUCUCUAGCAGUGGUGAGGUAUCUGUAUGUCCGCCCCCAGAUGUGGAGGAACUUUCAUUAAUUGACCCCUUGCCCCGGUAUUUAAAGUCUUGCCAAGAUCUUAUUGUUCCAGAAACAAAUCAUAUGGCUGAUAACUUGGCCACAUGUCCUCCAACAUCUCCAGAGUCCAACCCCAAACCUCCAGGAGAUGUAGAGUCUCCAAGCCAAGAAAAGGCAGAAACACAGACAACAAUCCCACCGCAGGAUCAAUGCACUACACAAACUUCAGGACCGGACACUCAGGUGAAAGAGCCCAGCGGUUCUUCCAAGGCUCCCAAAGGGAACUCUAACCAGCUCACCGAGCAGCUGCGUCAGGAAGGCUGGAAUCAUCAGACUUCAGAAAAUCUGACACUAGCCGAGGUCUACCUCAUGCUGGGCAAACCGGGCAAACUACAGCUGGAAUAUGAGUGGAUGGAUCCCAACAGGUCGGAUGAUCACAAACAGAGACUCCUGAGCUGCCUGUUACGGCUCAUAGCUACAGAGGUGAACCCCAAAGCUCCAUCACAGAUUCCAGAAACCGCCUCUGUCGCCACCUCUCCCUUAAAGAUGCCAGUCCAGGAUCAGACCCUUACCCCACCUGGUAAAGUCAUCACUCUGGUCUCCCGCAACCCAGACUGCCUGAGGACGCAGCCCGCACACCUCCAGUCCACCUUCUCUCCCACUUCUAAUACCUCAGGUUUCAGGAACCUAUCUCGCCCGCUCCUGUUCGGUGGGCCUUUGGGAUCUGUGACGACCAGCAGUGAUGGAGCCGUGUUUGCAGUUCCCACCAUGCUUCCGCCCAACAGCCGUCAUGCCAAGAUUUCCUCACCAAACAAGGAGGCUGAGGCAGCAGGUCGCCAGCACUUGGAUGCAAUCAGUUCUGACUUCUUCUUACCAAAGCCUAAGAAGCCGAGAAGUCGACACCUGCGGAAACCUUUAGUUGUCCAGAGGACGCUUCUUCCUCGGCCAUCUGGCAGUUCCUUACCACAUGUCUGCUCCUUCUCCAUUCUCUCCAACUCAUCAGUAGCAGGGCGCGGCUCCUUCAGACCCAUCCACUCCACCCUCGGUAAAGCCGUAUCUCAGCCCAUUGUCCCCAAAGGACUCACGGCUCCAGCCACCAAUUCUUUAGCAAGUGCUAUUGACUUAGCUGCUAAAAGUGCAGGGAUUAUCCCAGGAUCUUCGUUACCUGUUCUUGAGACAGAUGGCCUGGUGGGCAUUGGUCCCCUUCCAUCAGAUACUUUACCUAGUACAGUACCAGAGACUACGAUAGAGACAACCAGUGGUGAUCCUAUACCUGCCAUGACUGUGUGUCCUGAGGUUCCUUUCAUUUCUCUUUCCACACCCUCUGUACAAGAGGCCACCCCGCCAUUCCAGCCAUCCUCCAUACUGUCCAUGCCCCCUAUAUCUGAGCAUCCCCUUCAGAACGGUCCCCCAGACCCACCCGGCUGUGCCCCCAGCAGUUCCAGCACUUGCUUCUCUCCCCCUAAUGUCUCUGCUCUCCUGGACAUAUCGCUGCCUGGUCCCCCCGAUGAUGUCCUAUCGCAGGGGGAGCCGGCAACACACAUCAGUGACUCCAUUAUUGAGAUAGCCAUAAGCUCAGGACAGUACGGAGAAGCUGUCCCACUUUCUCCAGCCAAACUCAAUGAGAACUCUAAGAGUCUUCCUUCUCCGUCCUCAAGUCCUCACCAGAGUUGGAUUGCGUCUCCCAGCCAUGACCCUCAGUGGUAUCCCAACGACUCCUCCGACUCCUCACUCAGCAGCUUACUCUCAAGCUUUAUCUCUCCGGAUAAGAAUAAGAAGACCGCACCGGCCGCGGCAGGAAACCCCAGCGGCACAUCUCUUCUCGGCCCCAGCUUGCUGGAUGGGAGCUCCAGAGAUUCAUUUGUGUCUCGUUCCUUGUCUGAUGUAGUUGAGGUGGUAGACUCGCAGCUGGCAUGCUUGAUGAACGAAAACAGCAUAGAUUACAUAUCCCGCUUCAACGACUUGGCCCAAGAGCUUUCUGACACUGCCCGGAGGGAACCUCCCUUUGAAGCUGGAGUCCCUGGGAACGGGCAGCCCAUACGUGACCUGUCCUAAAGUGCUCCUUACUACACCCCUCGGGAGAGUAUGCCCAAAACUGUGGCUGCACUUAGGUGGCAGGCAGCAGCACUCCAAGCCCUGGCAGCACGAGCGACACUAGAUAAGUAAUGCCCAUAGGAAUCCGUGUGUACCCAGCCGGCUCUUCUCGGACGUUUAUCGACCUGUCCCUGGGCACCGGAUGAAGAUACUACGCGUUGUUUUAUAAUGCAGUAUUUAUAACGUUUGUGUCCACGUUGUCGCCCCCGCCGGUGACAGCUUUCUCAUUGUCAUCUGUGAUGGCCGUUCAGGAUGUACAGUCAGUGACCGGAUGCAGUAGGUGUUGAAACCGUUUGGACGCGUAGGACGGUAACCAAACCCCCGCGGUGACGGCGUGUUACAGCCGCUUUGUACAGAAGAGUCAGGGGAGGAAUGAGCGUCCCCUGGAGGAUUUAUCAUACGUCGUAGUCCUGGAAAAAUAAUCUGUUUUAUUGAAACUCACUAAACCACACAAUGCAUUACUCUGCCGACGAAUAUAUAAGCCAUAAGGAAUGAGACUUCCUCCGUGGGCUCGGUACAAAAUAUGCAAUUUCUUUUCUGUGUUGUGUUUUUUUUAUUUUUCAUUUUUUUCUUCUUUUUUUUUAUAUCUCUGUUCUUUGUUUUAUAUGGAAGCUGAAAAGCUCAAUAAUGGGCAACGAUAUCUUUGUGGCUUUAGAGGGUAUGCACUAGGGACUUCCUCCUGGUCUCCAUUGUUAUGGCUGGGGUUAUGGUUUGGGCUAGCAGUGUUAGGUUAGAGCAGUGGUCUUCAAACUGCGGCCCUCCAGAUGUUGCAAAACUACAAUUCCCAGCAUGCCCGGACAGCCGUUGGCUGUCCGGGCAUGCUGGGAGUUGUAGUUUUGCAACAUCUGGAGGGCCGCAGUUUGAAGACCGCUGGGUUAGAGUAUGGUUAGAGGGGUUCACACCACUUUUUGCAAUACAGUUCCCUUUUACGUUUUCAAUGUGAAAACCGCACAGAACUGUUAUCAAAAACCGUAUGCAUUGACUCUCCGUUGAAAACCGUAUGCCAAAAGAUGCAUCAGGUUGUGUCCGUUUUGCAUCCUGUAUGGUUUUGUCAGUUUUUUUUUCUCCGUACCCAAAAGCGUAGCUUACCAUGGUUUUUGGUCCCGGUGAAAAACCGUAUGGAAACCGUAUACGUUUUUUGUUACUUUUUUAAACAAGGGAGUCAAUGGGAAUCGUACAGAACCGUAUGUGCGUACGGUUCCAUCCGGUUCUCACCAUUUGUUUUUUUUGACUUUGCACAGUUUUUUUCUUGGAAUUUCAAUCAAACAAGUGAAACUUUAUUCAUAAUGGAAUGAAAAGUUCUUAAAAAAACGGAUGCAACCGGACAUCAUAUCAUCGUAUACGGAUUUCAAUUUUUACACACUUUUUGAUACAGUUUAGUCAGGUUUUGAGGAAUCAGUUUUUUUAAUCAAAAACCUGAUACGGGAACUGUAUUGCAAAAAUGUGGUGUGAACCCAGCCUUACUAGUGUUAGGGCUAAGGUUAGAGUAGGGUCCGGGUUAGGGCUAAGCUUUAGGUCAAGGGCUUGGGUUAGGGUGAGUUCUAGUGCUAGGGUUAGGUUAAAGCAGUGAUUCCCAACCUGGGUGCCUCAAGCUGUUGUAAAACUACAACUCCUAGCAUGCCCGGGCAUGCUGGGAGUUGUAGUUUUGCAAUCUCUGUAGCCCUCCUAGUUGGGAACACUGGGUUAAAAUAUGAAUAAGGCUUGGGUUAGGCUUAGUUCUAGGGUUAGGUUAGAUUAAAAUUAGGGUUAAGCUUAGUUCUAGGGUUAGGUUAGGGAAAAGGUUAGGCUUAGUUCUAGUGCUAGGGUUAUGCUAGAGCCUUGUUUCCCAACCAGGGUGUCUACAGCUGUUGCAAAACUAUAACUCCCAGCAUGCCCGGACAGCCAACGGCUGGUUGGGACUUGGAUUAAUAGUGUUAGGGCAAGUAUCCGCUGAGGUGCCAAUUGGUCUCACUUGGCGUCAGUGUUACCCUGAUGUGCAGGGACAUUUUCCGUAAAAGCUGCGAUGACCUAGUAACUGCCCACCUCACUUUGGUGUUGGGAGGAAGGUCUCCCCUUUAAAUUAUCUUCUUUGUUCUUGAAAAAGUUGUUGGUAUUUGUUGGGAACCACUUGGUUAUAGUCAAAGCAGAAGGGUGUACCAUAUCACUGGGGUGGAAAUCACGUGGGUCACCAGUCCUUUGGCUGCCUGCAAAGUGAACACGUUAUUUGGGAAUGGAAGAGAAUCGAGAUGAUUUCUGUGCACUUUUAUGUCCUGGUUAGAAUGUUAUGAGCCGUUUUUCCGAAGGUGACCGUAUGACACGUGUUCACCCCUCACUAGACAUGGCUUCUUCUUUUAUAAUAGCCCAUAAUAGAACGGAUGGUCCAAAUACAGCACUCGGAAGUCCCAUAAAGAGUGAAUGGAGAGGGGGGUGGGGGGGGGGGGUGGGCAUGUAUCAUGCCACUCAAUGUCCUCCUUUUUGGUGAUCGGUGCGGGUCCCAGAGGUUAGACCCCCCCAAACUGGUCAGAAAUGUAUUAUGUGUGAAUAGAUGAUAAAUGCUCUAAAGGGGUUAUCAAUUUAUUACAUAUUAUUAUUUAACAGUAGAAAAACAGCAGAUUAAAAAAUAAUAAUAAAUCUAAAAGAAACCCUGCCCCUUAGUUGUCUGCGGGUUGGGUGUUUCUGCAUCUCAGUUCCAUUGGAGUUGCAAUACCACACACAACCUGAGGAGAGUUGGUGGUGCUGUUUUUCUAUUUCUGGAUAACACCUAUUAAGUUAAACAGAUUUGUAAAUUACUUCUAUUAAAAAAAAAUAUUAAUCCUUGCAGUACUUAUUAGCUGCUGAAGUUGAGUUGUUCUUUCCAGUCUGACCACAGUGCUCUCUGCCGACACCGCUGUCUGUCUCAGGAACUGUCCAGAGCAGGAGAGGUUCGCUAUGGGGAUUUGUUCCCUCUCUGGACAGUUCCUGAGACAGACAGAGGUGUCAGCAGAGAGCACUGUGGUCAGACAGAAAAGAAAUUCAAAAAGAAAAAAUAAACUUUCUUAAGUUAACAGCAGCUGAUAAGUACUGGAAGGAUUAAGAUUUUUUUCAUUAGAAGUAAUUUACGAAUCUGUAUAACUUUCUGGCACCAGUUGAUUUUAAAUAAAUUAGUUUUCCACCAGAGUACCCCCUUUUUAAAGGGGUACUCUGAUUUAUGUAAAAAUUGCCUAGUCCAGCACUUACUCAGUCUCACCUCUUCUCAGAGGAGUCAGCAGAGAGCACUGUUGUCAGACAGAAAAGAACAACUCAACUUCUGCAGCUGAUAAGUACUGGAAGGAUUAAGAUUUUUAUAUAGAAGUAAUUUACAAAUCAGGUUAACUUUCUGGCACCAGUUUAUAGUUUUUCACCGGAGUGCCCCUUUAACACUUCCUAACCGGCUCCCUAACCUUCUAGUGGGCAUAUAUCCUGGCAGUGAUCUUCUAGGUCAGUGUUUUCCAACCAGAGUGCCUCCAGCUGUUGCAAAACUACAACUCACUAAAGCAGGAAGCUAAAAAUAACAUUACACCAGGUAAGUACCCGCAGUAAUGGUAAGGUAGAUCCCACAGCCCAUUUCACAUGGGUCCCCCAAAUCACCAGGUGCUCUGUGGGGGUUUGUGAGGGACUAGUACAGUGCUUCCCAACCAGUGUGACUCCAGCUGUUGCAAAACUACAACUCCCAGCAUGCCCGGACAGCCUUCGGCUGUCCGGGCAUGCUGGGAGUUGUAGUUUUGCAACAGCUGGAGGCACCCUGGUUGGGAAACACUGUUCUAGGUUGUAUCUAUGGUCCCAUUGGAUGAAGCUGUCCACACAAGGACCUUUUUCUAGCCCCAGGAUGGUGACGUCCACCCCAGUGUAUGCCCCCGGUACACAGUAGGGUCACGGCUGCGCUCAUUGGGGAUGCUUUGGUGUAAUGGAAUCUGUAAAGAUUGCUGAAGGUUUAUGAGAAUCCCAAAACGUGAUCAGCUGAUCUGAAUGUGUCUGUAAUAUAGUAUCCUAUCUAAGAAUAAUCUGUACAGUCUAUGUAUAAAGUAUCACAACCGUCUUUAACCUCCGGAUGACAAGAACGGGUUUACUGAUGUUUGGUUUUGUAUUAUAUUGUACAUUUUUAAGUUAUUUACUCGUUGCCACCUUUGCCGUGGCGAGGACUUGUUUUUUGUUUUCAUUUGGGGAGGGUUAUUUAAUAAAUAUGGUUGCUAUUUAUCUCUGCUGUUAAUUCACGCGCAAAAAAUGGAGGGUCAGAUUUGUUUGUUU